UCAAACGUCAAUCAAAUUUGUAUCUCCAGAGAGAAGACUUUUCAGGGCGAGUGUGUGCGCGUUCACGCGAAAGAGCCGUUAAAUCCGCGUGCAUUGCCUGAAUAACUGCCAACAGUCGAUAUUAAACAAAAUUGUCAGCAUUUCUCAACUUUAACAAGAUGUCUGACGAUAUUUCAAGGGUGAAAUUUUCUGAGGACUUUAAUCGCGAGAGUUUACAGCUCAACCAACAUUUAGAGAAAAUGACUGAGGAAAUGGAAAACAUUUCAGUGAAGUUGUCAUGGAUGGCCUAUGAUAUGGUCGUCCUGCGCACCAGUCCUGAUCUUUCUGAAUCCAUUAGGAGUCUCGAGGAUGAGUUCCUAAAAUGCAAAGCUGUUAUCUGUGGUCCUACAGUUGGACAAGAUCAAGAAUUUCACCCUGUUGAUGAAGACCAGAAUACCACCCAACAAUAAAUCAUUUUUAAAUGUUGAUUAGUUAAACUCCUAUGCAACUACAUUAGCAGGAGUGCUGUAUUUGAUUCAUUGUUAUCUGAGAUUAUUUUGUGUCCUGACAUAUCAAUAAAAUGUUGCCACAAAACAAA